AUGCACGCGUUCGAAUCGCGUAGGUGUCAUUAUUUUUUUUUUUUUUUUUUUUUACUGUCGGUUUUUUCUCAACGGUUCUUGCUCAAGACAGCCUAGGCAUUGGGUGCAUCUCUCUGCUGGAAGAAAAAUUGAAACUGGUUUUUAUCCUCAGAACAAGCUACUCUUCUUUCUUUCUUUCUUUCCUUUCUUUCCUUUCCAUCACGGUUAAUGAAUAGAAUGACUAACAGUUGAAGUGUAUGUUUAGUUCUUGAUGAUCAAGUUUUCUUGAGGCUAUUACUUUUUCCUGAUGACAAUACAUACUUUUAGUGUCUUUAAGAUCGAAAGAUCAGUGUGAGCACAUGAUUUCUCAAUAGACUACAACGGUAUCUGACCAAUAUUCAAUAGGAAACUUGAACUUGGAGUCGAACCUGAUUACGGGAGAGUUACUAACUAACUAACUAAUUUUUUUUUUUUUUUUCAUUUCAGUCAUGGCAAAGAAAAGUACAAGGCAUUUGAAUAAAAUCCAUCGCAAACCGCUACCUAUCUUGCUAGCCGGUGAAAAAUAUGGCAUCGACUUGAAAACUCCUUACAACAAAGGCAUCCUUGGCCGGAUAAGCUAUUGGCUCAAGUUGGUGCAAGUUGCUCUAUUUUCCCUUUGUAGGACCGCCGCGGUGAAAGAACAACCCAUCGAUGUCUUUGUGGAAAAUGGAAUCUUUAAAGUUGAUGAGUUGUCGUCAAUGACAAGAUUAUGGCAAGAGGGUUUCUUUGGCAAGGGCGUUUUAUCUAGAUCGGCACCAAAUUGGAAAGAGCGGACCAUGGCGCGAUUGAAUUUGGUAGGCCAAGAUCAAGAUCCGGAUAAUAACGAUGAUAAUGAUGUAGGUGUGGUGGUGGUUGCUGCUGCUGCUCCAAGUCAACAGCAGGACCCUGCAAAGGAAGAAUUGACAAAAGCUAGAAGAAAUGAGCGAGCCGAGUUUAAAAAGAAGAGACUGGAGUUGCAGCAGUUGCAGCUCAAACAGAGGCAAGGUUUGAUUGCUGAAGAAGAAUUGAAACAGAUGAAGAUAUUGGAUGAGUUUUUGGUUGAGUUUAGAAAGAAAGACGGUAGCGUGGUUUUGUUGUCGCAAAACAGUAGUAGCCAAGAAACGCCGGGGAGAAUGAGAGUGGAAGAUGAGUCAAUAGUGACAGAGUCACUGGGCGACUUGAUUCAGUUGGAAUUUCUCCAAUUGCAAGCAGUAGAGGCCUUCUUUUUGAAGUUUGCCUUGAACCAAGUUCGCAUAGUGUUUGAAGGCUCACUGCUUGGCGCGAAGGAUUUGUUGAGACACUGCUGUCUGCUAUAUUCUGCCAGUCCCACCAUUGAAGCAGACAACAAGUUUCUACUAAACUAUGUUGUGUAUCAUUAUUUUAGAAGCAAAGGAUGGUGUGUGAGAUCGGGGAUUAAGUUUGGUAGCGACUAUUUGCUAUAUAAGAGAGGGCCGCCUUUCCAACAUGCUGAGUAUUGUGUACUGGUUAUACAAGACAACGAGGUUGCUGGCUUUGACGCGGUAGAUUGGUUUCAAAUGAGCAGCCAAGCAAGAGUGGUUGGUGGCGUCAAGAAAUAUUUCAUCCACGUUUACGUUGAAGCACCUCGUCAGCAGGAAUUUGACGAAAUCUACUUGAAUGCAGACGGCGAGGAUGACGGGUUGAUGAUCAAAAAGUUGUUGAGUAGAUACAAGAUAAGCGAGGUGAUUUACAGACGAUGGAACCCUAGCAGGACCAGGGACUAG